UUAAAUAAUGAAAUCAUCAGGAAUAUGCAACUGCGACCGCUUCAUGCAGUGGAAACGCAUUUUAUAAACGCGUAGUAGUCGAGUUAUUUAAUAGAGCCACCGCUGUCUAUGUUAUUUAUUCCCCCCAAAACCAUAGAAGACACCUAUAUUAUGUAAGCGAGCGUCUGAGCUGCUCAUUGGUUGUCGUUGGUUGCCGUAGAGCUGGAUGUCUGCUUCUGUGGGGAAAGUCUGCUUUCUGGUGAGAACUGAGAUCCUCUGCACACUUAAAAAGAGUUGUAGCCUAAAUCUCGUCGGCUCUCAUGGGACUGAGGCAUUCGUCGCGUUGUUUGCUGCUACGGCGGAAGAUGGCGGAGGCGGACAGCUCCGAGCGGCAGCAGCCUGUCACGUCCCCGCUCUCUCAGUCUGCCCAGCCCUCCCCACUGCCCAAACCAGUGCCUACCGCGCACCAUGUGCCCUGCAUCCCCCAUGCGCCUCACGUAGCGGGCCUGGCAACCUGUCCUGGUCGAGGCAAGAUAGCGAAGUUCAUCAGCCCAGAGGAAAUGACAUCACGCGACUACUACUUCGACUCUUACGCCCAUUUUGGCAUCCAUGAGGAGAUGCUGAAAGAUGAGGUGCGGACGCUGACCUACAGGAACGCCAUGUACCACAACAAGCAUGUUUUCAAAGAUAAGAUCGUCUUGGAUGUUGGUAGCGGUACGGGGAUCCUCUCGAUGUUUGCUGCUAAUGCUGGCGCCAAACAUGUGUAUGGGAUUGAAUGUUCAAGUAUAUCUGAAUAUUCCGAGAAGAUCAUCAAGUCAAAUCACCUACACAACGUCAUUACCAUCUUUAAAGGCAAGGUGGAGGAGGUGGAGCUGCCCGUGGAGAAGGUGGACAUUAUCAUCUCAGAGUGGAUGGGCUAUUGCCUCUUCUACGAGUCCAUGCUCAACACUGUCAUCUUCGCCAGGGACAAGUGGCUGAAACCUGGCGGCCUGAUGUUCCCUGACAGAGCAGCUCUGUACGUGGUGGCCAUUGAGGACCGGCAGUACAAAGACUUCAAGAUUCAUUGGUGGGAGAACGUGUAUGGAUUCGACAUGAGCUGCAUUCGCAAUGUGGCCAACAAAGAGCCUCUGGUGGAUGUGGUAGAUCCAAAACAGGUUGUGACUAACACCUGCCUCCUGAAGGAAGUGGACAUCUACACGGUGAAGCCAGAGGACCUGUCCUUUACCUCAGCCUUCUGUCUGCAGAUCCAGCGCAACGAUUACAUCCACGCCUUGGUCACGUACUUCAACAUCGAGUUCACAAAGUGUCACAAGAAGACCGGCUUCUCCACUGCUCCAGAUGCCCCCAACACACACUGGAAGCAGACUGUGUUUUACUUGGAGGACUACCUAACUGUCAAAAAAGGAGAAGAGAUCUUUGGCAGUAUUGCUGUCCGGCCAAAUGAAAAGAACGUGCGUGACCUGGAGUUCACCCUGGAGCUGGACUUUAAAGGACAACUCUGUGAGGCGGCCAUUUCCCACGACUAUAAAAUGCGUUAGCUACCACAACGACAACCAACCAACUACCCUCAGCACUCUGGGACCAGCUUGGAGAAAAAGGGAGGGGGGGGGAAGAGAGAGAGAGCACAGGCUCUCCACAAGCAGUCCAGCUGGCAGGGGAGAGAGAGAGAGAGAGAGAGAGAGAGCGACCAGACCCAUUGGAUUGGACGCCGCCAUACCAGCAACUUUGUGAUGUCAUCAGACGAGAAGAGUAAUUGUCAGCAAUAGUGCCAUCACCUGCACCAACUUGAUCAGCUCGGGCACAUCGUUGAAUGUAACAUCCUAAAUGGACUUGAUUUCUUUCUCAUCUCACUAGUUUCUGGGAUUAUUUGGAGUAUACAUGGAGAACAUUAAGUAGUCUUUAUAUUGUGAGUGCAGCUAGUUAGAAAGCCUUGAGCAGUGUGAUGUUGAGAAGUUUAAAAGCAAGGUCACUGUUUUCCAUUAUUCAUUUUUAUGAUUAGGUAUGCACUGUUUAAUUGUGAGGACGGAAAAGUCAUUUCUUGUUUUUUGCUUCAUUUACUUUUUGCUUGUGUUCAAUUUUUUUUUUUUUGCUGCAUUGAUAUUGGAAAGAAAUGUUAUUUAUUUGUGUCUUUAAUUGAGAACUCGACUUUGGUGCCGGAGUAACACAGAACAAUGCCUCAGAACAGUAACAAACACAGAUGCAAUAUGUCGUGUACCACUUUGUUUUUUGACAUCUGACAGAGUAUGAAAAAAAAAAAAAAAA